CGCUAGACAACAAGCUGAAGACGAUACUUUCCGGUCAAUCCUGAACCUACAGAAGACAUGUGAAGGAGGCGAAGGCACACGAAAAAAAGUGGCAGCGACACGUGAUCGCGGGAAGAAGUGCAAGUUGAACUCUGGCAGUUGCGGGCUGUAUUCACUAGGGGCGCGCGAAGGUGCCAGUGAUGUCAAGAACCAUUACCUCUCAUCUAUACGAGCUUGGAGACAUACAUCAUGGUCUUCAGAGGAGUGGGAAUCAAAAGCGAGCACGAUCGGCGACGCAUCGUAAAUUUGAGCAAGUGUCCGCAAGUCGUCGAACGGAGCCUAUGAGUGAUCUCCGCGGCAUUUUUGCAGAUCAUACAGACCAUUGCACGCAUUUUCGGCCUCAGUGGCCGCCAACGUCGCAAGCCCGAGCCGGAAGAAAACCAGAUGCUUGCGGCGUCUUUACAGGUAGCGAAGUGAAGAGUCUAGACCAAGUCCCGGAGGGGCUCCGCGUAGAUCAGCCAGUUGUACGCAGGUUGUCCGUUUCCUUUGAAUCUUCGACGAUUGUGGUCGGAUCAAAGUGCCACAGUGGUGGGAAGAGAGCAAGGGCUCGUCCAGGACCAGAAAUUCGAGAACCUCAUAGACCUCGUCGAGUCCGUGAUUUCCUCGCAGGGUAGUCUGCGAUUCAACCGUCGAUGUUCGACUUGACUGUGAGUUGGCUCAAUUUGCGGCGCGGGUGUCGAGCUGCAAGUCCGCCCGCUCGGUUGGAUUUAA